UUUCUCCCACCUUGUCCUCAAUGUGUUGACAGGCCCAGCUGUGAUGGCAAUAUUUCUUGAGCCAAAAAUCAGACAUAGCAUGUGACAAGUAUGUGUGUGUGUGUGUGUGUGUGUGUGUGUGUGUGUGUGUGUGUGCGUAAAGAAGACCCCAGGGUGUUGCACUAAGCCAGGUCAGGGCAGUGCCCCCCGCCACAUGGGGGAGGCCCUUCCCCGGGGUCGCUGGAGCCAUGCUGUCCCGCAAGGGCAUCAUCCCCGAGGAGUAUGUGCUGACCAGGCUGGCAGAGGACCCUACGGAGCCCAGGUACCGGGCCCGGGAGCGGAGGGCCCGCUUUGUGUCCAAGAAAGGCAACUGCAACGUGGCACACAAAAAUAUCCGGGAGCAGGGCCGCUUCCUGCAGGACGUGUUCACUACGCUGGUGGAUCUCAAGUGGCCACACACGCUGCUCAUCUUCACCAUGUCCUUCCUGUGCAGCUGGCUCCUCUUCGCCAUGGUCUGGUGGCUCAUCGCCUUCGCCCAUGGUGACCUGGCCCCCGGCGAAGGCAGCAUGGUGCCUUGCGUCACCAGCAUCCAUUCUUUCUCAUCCGCCUUCCUCUUCUCCAUCGAGGUCCAGGUAACCAUUGGUUUUGGUGGGCGCAUGGUGACUGAGGAGUGCCCAGUGGCCAUCCUGAUCCUCAUCGUGCAGAACAUCGUGGGGCUCAUGAUCAACGCCAUCAUGCUGGGCUGCAUCUUCAUGAAGACUGCACAGGCGCACCGUCGAGCAGAGACCCUCAUCUUCAGCAAGCAUGCGGUCAUCACCCUGCGCAACGGCCGCCUCUGCUUCAUGCUGCGAGUGGGGGACCUCCGAAAGAGCAUGAUCAUCAGCGCCACCAUCCACAUGCAGGUGGUCCGCAAGACCACGAGCCCCGAGGGCGAGGUGGUGCCCCUUCACCAAGUGGACAUCCCCAUGGAGAACGGUGUAGGGGGUAACAGCAUCUUCCUGGUGGCCCCACUCAUCAUCUACCACGUCAUUGACUCCAACAGCCCGCUCUACGACCUGGCACCUAGUGACCUGCACCACCAUCAGGACCUGGAGAUCAUUGUCAUCCUGGAAGGUGUGGUGGAAACCACAGGCAUCACCACCCAGGCCCGCACCUCCUACUUAGCCGAUGAGAUCCUAUGGGGCCAGCGCUUUGUCCCCAUCGUAGCCGAGGAGGAUGGACGCUAUUCUGUGGACUACUCCAAGUUUGGCAACACUAUAAAAGUGCCCACGCCUCUCUGUACAGCUCGCCAGCUUGAUGAGGACCGCAGCCUGCUGGAUGCCCUGACUCUCGCCUCAACUCGUGGACCCCUGCGCAAGCGCAGUGUGGCUGUGGCCAAAACCAAACCCAAGUUUAGCAUCUCUCCAGACUCCUUAUCCUGAGACAUGGUCCCUCAGGCCCAGCACACAUGCAUGUGUGCACAGAGGCAGUGUGAUUAGGUAUGUAGAGCGGAUGUGGUGUGGGUCCCUGAGCCAUGUAGAGGCCUGCUGUAAGGUUGGAUCUUCCUCAACUCAGCCACUAAACUGCUGCGUGCCCAGGGGUGUGACAAGGCACUUGUCACUACCCUAUUUCUGGCCUCAGCAGCCUGCACUGGGUUAUUUUUGUCCCUGCUCCUCCCAAUCCCAGCUCAGGACUAGCUUACCCCUCUCUCCCUGCCCAGGGCUGAGGAGACUGUAAGGAAGAGGUCCUGGGCCCUAUAGCUGCUUCCCCAACCAGGCCUGACCUCUAUGACAUGCCUGCGACAAGUAGGUGGGUGGCUGGGGAGAAACAAUACCUAGGUUUAGAGGACUGCUAGCCUGUUUCUGUGGUUCCAAGAAACACCUGUCCCUGAAGUAGUGAUGGGCUAGGAGGGGUGAGCCUGGCCAGCUAGGGAGGGCUGUGGGUUAGAGAGCACCUUCGACGAAUAGCACUACAGAUAUGGGGCCUCCUCCACUAGUAGGGACAGGCCAGAUUUGCAGGGUUCCCUGCACAGCACAGAUUCCAGGCCCAGAGGAGUAGGAAGCAAGCAGAGCCAUGAGGAGGCUUUCCUGAUCCCUGCUUAGGCCUAGGGAGCAGGAGAUAGGCCAGAGCCUCAGCCCUUCAUUCCAAUCACCAAACUUCUGCAGAGAAGGUGCCCAGGCCAGGGCAACUGCUCCCUCCUACCCUGUCUCCAUCCUGGGAGGCCUGGAUGUGCUGGGGAAACUGGCAUAACAUGCAGAAAGAUGCUACCAUGGCCCAGGCUCUCCACUGGUAGCUGCUACUCAUUGUCCAGAGGGUGAUGUGGGUGGGGGUGGGGUACCUCUGGGCUGUUAGAAAAGGUGUUGGGAAGUUCAGGAUGGUAGGAUUGAGGAAGGUCCCUGAGGUGAAGAGGCCCUGGGUUCUGUCUGGACUUCCAGAGAAAUAUUGUAUCUAUGCCAUUGCCCAGAAUUCUGCUUCCCAUUGUCAAUAAAGCCUCCCAUUCAGGACCUGAAAUUGGGGCUGUUGUUGCUGGGGAAGCAGUAAGUGUGUUGGGGGAAAUGGGAGGGCAGGGUUAGGACCUGCCAUCCCUCAUUCAAAAGGUACCAUGCCCUAGCAGAAAGGCCAGAAAAGGGACCUGGAGCUGGACCAUCUUCCUCUAGCUCAGGGAGCAUUUCCCCUCUACCUGAGAACCCACACCACCAGCCUCUCUAGCGAUCUCAACCUUUGGACAUUCACUAUGCUUUGGAUCCCUGGACCCUGCUUUCCUCCCAGGGAUCUGCUGGGAGGCUGAGGUACCCAGAGAGAGGGCCAGGGACAUCAGACAUUAAGGGGAGCUCUUCAGCCAGCUGCCUUGGAUUCAAAUGCUGACUUUAGCUAUAUGACUAUGCUCAAGUAAUUUAACCUCUCUGUGUCUCAGUUCCCUCAUCUAUGCUAAUUGCCCCUACCUCAUAGAAUUGUUGUGGGAACAGAUAGAAGCACAUGUAAAUUGCUGAGUGCCUGGUCUAUGAUAAGUGCUCAAUAAAUGUUAACUGUUGCGAUUGCUGCUGAA